AUGGCUGGUGCUGGUUAUCAUAUAACAAUACUUUAUUGGAGGGAUUAUAGGAGUCGUCAGUGUGGUGAUCGAUGUACUGCAGUUUAUGAGAUCUCCAUGCAGUACAUACCUGUGUACAUAAAUCAUUACAUGAGAUUUGCAUCUAUUUAUGUUAUUAGUGUUAGUAAAAUGUUUACGGAAAACAAUGGAAUAAAAGAAUUGACAGUCAACGUACGUUUAUCAAAGCUCUUUAAAUUGAAAAGCCAACCUCAACAAGUUGUAUUUCUAAUUGAAUAG